GGUCGUCUAUAUAUAGCUUUUUGGCUUUUUGGCGCGGGUUAAAGCUUGAGAGUGUUACGGAGCGAGACUAGCUGGUUUGCACCCAGAGCUGUUAUCUGAUCGGCGAAGGCCUUCUCGUCGGGGUGGGCUAUCUCGUCGGCAGUCUCGGCAGUCCGACGCUGUAAAUACUUUCGCCUGCUGCUCUCUCUACGAUAUCUCACGCUCUAGUAUCUCUACCUCUAGUAGCCAGUGGAGCGCCGGCGAGGCGUCCGCGGACGUCCAUCGACUCGCCCGGGUCUGCGCCGACAAGAUCGCCGGCAAGGGGUUCCGGAAGGGCCUCAUCGACGCUGAUUCGGUCGAGGACGCGGCGGCCAUGAUUCAGGCCCAGAUCUACCGGUGGAUCGUCUUGCAGAUCGAACAGUCGCACUCGCCGACGCCCCGUUUCUUGAUGCAGGCACACCGUGUGUUGAUGAGGGAUGUCAGCCCAGGGAUGAUGCCUUCCUUUCCCGUAGUCUUUGCGGAGAUCUCCUUGCACUGCUGCGCAUAACUUGACCUCGUGAACGCCUCGUGCACCUGCUCGUUCGUACCGUUCUGGUAUCGUAAGGGAUGCUUCUCAUACAUCUCCUCCUUCGUCUCUGGAUGAGGCCCCAAAAACACGUUUGCGUGCCUUUUGUUGUCAUUGUCAUAAGAGCUAGCUUCGGCCGACUCGUGCCAGAACCGUACCAUGGGGGCUAUGUCGACCUUGUCGUAGUGCCCUUUCGUAUCUACACGCUUCCAGCCCUUGCCGCGGUCCUCGGCCUCCUGACGCGCCUUCACCGCUUGACUGGUAACGGCCCAGGUGGUGCCCAUGGCCCUCAUAAAGGACCGGCCUCGUUUCAACUCGAAAAGGUCCACAGGACACAAAGCGGCAACAGCUCCUAAUAAAACGUUCCGUUCCAAGUCGUUGCGUCGUCCCUUCGCUUUCAUCAACCGCUUUACAAAACUUUUACCCUGCUCCAGCAUCAAUCUAGCCGUCUCGGCGUCCUUCGACGUUUGUUGGAGAUGGGCAGGGAGCACAGCUUUCAUCUCUGGAGAAUCCAGGAAGGCCUCAACAAUCCUUCGCGUCGUUUCUAGAUCGCCCAUACCGAAAACUUGGUCCUGGAUCUCCUUCGCCCGCCUAGUGAUCAAACUAUUUCCGGCCCGCUUCUUUGCAUCAGCAAUAGCGCCUUCGGUCUCGAGGCGGUCCGACGCAGCUGCCGCUUCUUUCAUCUUUCCCGCGCGUCGUAGCCGGUUUAUUUCGCGUAUAAGUUCACGCAGUGCGCGUCCUGCACGUACUCGAGCAGCUUCCCGACGCCGUGGUGCCGGGGCUUCAUCGAGUUCUUCUGGCGACGGCGUCUCCUCCUCGUCGCUGCUCUCGCUAUCGCUGUCGUUCUCGCGGCCCAGGACCUCGAACAGGAUUCCUUGGACUAUUUGCGCCGCCGGCCGGUCAUGCGAUCUAAUCAUCUUGAUGAUGUUGUCUCGCUGGUGGCGUAGUACUUGGACCUCGGCGUUGGUCUCCUCGACGAUGGCAAGUUCUCGGCGACGACCGGUACCCCUGUUGCGCCGGUGUUCGGGGAGCUGCGGCACGUAUUCUACUUGUGGUGGAUGGCGUGGUCGUUGAACAGGUAGAGGUGGUUGUGGUGGUUCGGGUUCGGGAGUGGCGGCGUCCGGCUCUUGCUCGUAGACCAUGCGCUCGAGGACGAACUUAUCUGGCCAGAGUUUUGCGAGCUUGCGCCGGACAGCCAUCUCCGCGGUGUCGUCGUCGCGAGGCCUUUUAUUAGCCUUUCUGCGAUGCGCUGGGAUAUGCUUCCAAUUACCGAUGCGCACGCUAACAAAACCGCUCGCGUCUUCGAAGAAGGUGCCCUCCGCCACCGUGCCGUCGUCAGUCUCGCCAUCAGGGAAGGUGCCCAACAGGCGGCCGCGGCGCUGCGUCGUCAUGGCCGCGCGCGGUCAACAAUGAUGGCUAAGCAUUGUUGAGACGCUGUGCUGUCACCGGCACAGCUCCGCGCGCACGCCAGGCCAGCGAGCGCCGCCA